GAUACCUAGGCGAUUUUUCUUUGUUUAGAAAAUUUCCAAUCUCUGCUCAUGAAAAGCUCUCGAUCACCAGUCACUCUAUCUACGCCCUAUGCAUUCGAAGACUCUCGUCAAGGUUCCAAGGAACUAGCCAUCUGCAUCACAGCCAAUCUGGGAGAUUUAGCAAAAUGUCCAAAAUCGAAAUCGAGCGCAAGUUCAUCUACAAUCCUGCUCUCUUUGCAUCUUUAACAAAGGGAUCUGGCAAUCCUCCUUUCACGAAGCUUGAAAUCAAAGCAGAACGGAAAAUACACGAUAUCUACUACGACGCUCCUCUCGCGUCCACCAGUGACGCGAACGCCAAAGCUGGAGGACCUACGCGUUGUAUUCUGGAAAGAAACGGAAUAUGGAUCAGGCAGCGCAAUCAACUAUGGGAGGCCAAACAGCGUCUUAUCCUUCCGCAUCAGAAACACCAAAAGAGAGAAAGUCAGAAUGCCGCCUCUACUACUGAAUCGUCGCCAUCAGUAACAACUGCUGAGAAAGAACAAGACUAUUAUCUCCGCACAGCUUUCAAGGAACUCACCAGUCCACGAGCUAUCCAUGAUCUAGUGAAGACUUACAUCCCUUCUGCGCCAGGGGCUGAUGUCUAUUUUGGUUUACGGCCCAUUGCGGAUUUCGAAACGAAGCGGGUGCUAGCUAUCGCUGAUGGGCGGUUCGAGAUUGCGUUGGAUCGUACCUCUUUCGGACACUGUGUUGGAGAGGUGGAGCUGUUAGUGGAUAGGGGACAGGAAGUGCAGGCUCAGAGGGAUAUUGAUGAGUUCAUGGAGAUGUAUCGCUGGUUUUUCUUCCCUGAUAAGGCAGAAAGUGAAGAAGAAUUGGAGGGGAUGAAGAAGGAGUAUAUGCUCCAGGGGAAGUUGUCUGCGUAUUUUGAAAAGUUCCCUAUUAAGUUUUGAGAGUGGAUAGGUGUUUUGUUCGCGGUUGGGGGUUGUUCUUGUGGAUAUUAUGGGCAUGUGGUGAAGGGCAUGCUCGAGUGAAAAGCGUAGAAGAGGAA